UGCAAGCCGGUAAUAAGUCAGACGAACAAAUUGUUGAUAGCUGUUAGUAUAUUUUGGUAACGUGGUUGGAAAUGUGCAUAGUGUACAAUUCUUUAGUGGUUAAAAUUGUACGCGUUAAAAAGUGAAAUUAAUUAAUAAAUUUAAAAAAAUAGAAUACAGUGUAAUUACAGUUUUCUGAAGUGUUUUUGCUGUGAACGCAUGAUUUUUUCUCUAUAUGAGAUUCUUCGCGCUUUUCCCAAUUUUCUUUGAUUUGAUAUUAAAAAACCAUGAAUGUAACUUGAAUUAAAAUAUAGUCUUUUUGAUAUUUUUAUAUAUUUUUUUAUAAAUAUAGGACAUUACAUUCUAUCAAUAUCACACAUGUGACAACGCAAAUACCAAUAUGCAAAUAACCGUGGAUGGAUUGGUUGUUUAUUUUCCCUAUGAUUAUAUUUAUCCAGAACAAUAUGCAUACAUGCUUGAACUCAAACGUGGCUUGGAUGCCAAGGGACAUUGCCUAUUGGAGAUGCCUUCGGGUACUGGCAAGACAAUAACUCUAUUAUCACUAAUAGUAGCAUACAUGUUAGAACAUCCAUUGGAUGUUACAAAAUUAAUUUACUGUUCUCGAACAGUACCAGAGAUAGAGAAGGUAAUAGAGGAGUUAAAGAAGCUUAUGGAUUAUUAUGAGAAAGAAACCAAAAGCAAACCAAAAAUUGUUGGUUUAGUUCUUAGCUCACGUAAGAAUAUGUGUAUUCAUCCUGAGGUCAGUAGAGAACGAGAAGGUAAAAUUGUGGAUGGCCGUUGUCAUUCUCUAACUGCAUCAUAUGUACGAGAAAGACACAAUUACGAUGAGUCGACGCCAAUUUGUAAUUUUUAUGAAGGCUUUGAUAUGGAAGGAAAAGAACAAAUUAUACCUCCUGGUAUUUAUUCCAUCGACGAUUUGAAAGACUAUGGAAGAGAUCGCAAUUGGUGCCCAUAUUUUCUAGCAAGAUUCACAAUCUUACACGCACAAAUUGUAGUAUACAGUUACCAUUAUUUAUUGGAUCCGAAGAUCGCAGAAACUGUGUCCAAAGAACUGAGCAAGAGUUCAGUAGUUAUUUUUGAUGAGGCCCAUAAUAUUGAUAACGUUUGCAUCGACUCCAUGAGCGUAAAAAAUAAACAGGAGAUUAAUGGAGAAAAAGUUCGGCCAACAUACAACUCUUAAGAAAAAACUGUAGCCGACAUGAAGGAAGUUGAUGUGAAUAAGCUGAAGGAUGAAUACGACAGAUUGGUCGAGGGAUUGAAAGAUGCUCAAAUGCAGAGGGAAACCGACGUUAUCUUGGCCAAUCCAAUUUUACCAAAUGAAAUACUUGAAGAAGUCGUUCCAGGUAAUAUAAGAAACGCCGAACAUUUUGUCAGUUUCCUGAAACGAUUUGUCGAGUACUUGAAAACUCGCUUGCGCGUUCAACACGUCGUGCAAGAAUCACCUGCAGCGUUUCUGAGAGACAUUCAAACGAAGGUCGCUAUCGAACGAAAACCAUUGCGGUUUUGCGCUCAAAGAUUAGCAUCUCUCCUUCGCACCAUGGAAAUAACAGAUUUAACGGAUUUCUCUCCGGUGGUUCUGGUGACGCAUCUCGCGACAUUGGUCUCCACGUAUACACACGGUUUCACAAUUAUAGUCGAGCCGUUCGACGACAAAACGCCAACAGUCUUGAAUCCAAUCUUGCAUUUUAGCUGUUUAGAUUCUUCUAUCGCUAUCAAGCCUAUAUUCGACAGAUUCCAAUCGGUGAUAAUCACUUCCGGCACUCUGUCGCCAUUGGAUAUGUAUCCCAAAAUUCUAAACUUCCAUCCAGUUAUAAUGUCGUCCUUCACAAUGACAUUGGCCAGACCGUGCCUUCUUCCUAUGAUCGUUGCGAAAGGUAACGAUCAAGUGGCCAUUUCAUCGAAGUAUGAGACGCGAGAGGAUGUGGCUGUCAUAAGAAAUUACGGUCAGUUAUUGGUGGAAUUUGCUGCGACGGUGCCCGACGGUUUAGUCUGUUUCUUCACAUCGUAUUUGUACAUGGAAUCUGUAGUUGCUGCUUGGUAUGAUCAAGGGGUUGUGGAUCAGCUUCAAAGGCACAAGCUGCUGUUUAUCGAAACUCAAGAUUCGGCAGAGACCAGUUUGGCUCUGAUCAAUUUUAUAAAGGCCUGCGAGAACGGCAGAGGUGCCGUUCUGCUCUCGGUAGCUCGUGGAAAGGUGUCCGAGGGCGUUGACUUCGAUCAUCACUUGGGCAGAGCUGUACUCAUGUUCGGCAUACCUUACGUGUACACGCAAUCGCGGAUCUUGAAGGCACGUUUAGAAUAUCUGAGAGAUCAGUUUCAGAUUCGGGAGAACGAUUUCUUAACUUUCGAUGCCAUGAGACACGCCGCUCAGUGCGUAGGACGCGCGAUCAGAGGCAAGACGGAUUACGGUAUCAUGGUGUUCGCAGAUAAGAGAUUCUCGAGAACGGACAAACGGAGCAAAUUACCAAAAUGGAUACAGGAACACUUGAAUGACAGCUUGUGCAACUUGUCCACCGAGGAAGCUAUACAGAUCAGUAAAAGAUGGUUACGACAAAUGGCACAGCCAUUUACGCGUGAGAAUCAGCUUGGAUUGUCGUUGCUAACGCGGGAACAACUUGAAAAAGAAGAGGCUGCCAAGAUCGAAAAGAAGGCGCAGCAAAAUUGAUUGCGCGAUAUAAACACUAGGCCGAAUAAUCCACUUUUACUUACUUUUACUUCACAGGCAAGAUGACUACAGAAAAUAUAUAUCAUGUUGUUUGUUGUACAAACGCCUAUUUGUAAUUUGUACUUUUGCAAUUGCAACUGUAUCAUAAGGAAUGUAAAAUAUAUAACAAAUACUUUUUACAAUAA